CAGUCAUUCAGAGGUACAGCUGGCACAGCACGAUCGUUUCAUCCUGCUGAGAGGCAGAGGGGAUGAGGGAGGACGGGGUCUGGAAGGACAGAUCCCCUCUCCAGUCUGCUCAGCUGUGCCACUCACCUGCAGAUGGGACCUGUGUGAUGUUGUCAGCCCAGGAGAAAUGUGGACUGGUGUUUUCCUUGACCUUCCUUCACCUUGGCGGAGAGCAAAACGGAUCUGGUUGUUAACUCCCCACCUCUUCGGCACUGGGACAGCGAGAAAAGUUCAACGUCGCUUGUGGUGGGAGUGAGGGAAGCAGGGACGGUUUGCAGUGGGUUUGUAUAUUAAGCUGUCGUAUCAAAGGCGAGCUGCAGGCUGACAAGAAAUGUAACCUGAGGAGAAAGGACACUGGUGCGUUUGAGCACGCUGAAGGAUUCUUGCAUGACCUGUCACUCUUUCAGUGCUGUAGCCUGAGCAGGUCUUACUGGUUUUUUACCGAGGUGGUGGGAGCUGAAUGGGGUGUGGGCUCGUUUCUAUUCGUCCACAGACAUCUCUGCGAUCUUCUUUUAUCUUUUAUAAUUCCCCCCUGGAUAUAACUCAGAGAAAUAGUGGCCAUCGAGUUUGCUGCCACCUGGGCUCAGCCCAGCUGAACCAAUUUUGGAGGAUACCUUUGCUGCAACCCUCGGGACGUGCUCCUAGGAGGAGGAGAAGAUAAAACAGUUUGGCAUCGUUGUUGGAGCUUGAGGAAAAACAUUGCUUUUGACUCCAGAGCGAGUGACCAGGAAGAUCCAUGUGAUGUCCUGAUCUCCCCCAUUUGCCCUGCUGAGCAUGGGGUAGCAGCGGCUGACCAUGGUGGUCACCCAGUUAGAACUGGAGCUGUGCUUUCAUGGCCAGAAACUGAGAGGUUUCACCUGCAAGCUAACCAGGUCAGCCAGUGGAUUUCUCCCAGAGACGUCGUUCUCCAUUGCCUCCCAGAUUUUCGUGCCCUUCCUUCUGGCUGGCUUGGGCAUGGUAGCUGCUGGGCUCUUGAUGGAUGUUGUCCAACACUGGGAGGUGUUUCGGACGAUUACAGAAGUUUUUAUCCUGGUUCCUGCCUUGGUUGGCCUGAAGGGUAAUCUUGAGAUGACACUGGCAUCCAGGCUCUCUACUGCUGCUAAUACUGGACAGAUGGAUGAUGCUCAGAAGCAGUGGAAAAUGGCCACCUGCAAUUUAGCCCUUAUCCAGGUCCAGGCCACGGUGGUGGGACUCCUGGCUGCCGUUGCUGCUGUCAUCCUGGGAGCCAUCUCCAAGGGCUCUGUGGAGCUGAGCCAGGCAGCCGUGCUGUGUGCCAGCAGUGUGACCACAGCCUUCAUCGCUGCACUUUCCCUCGGUCUGGUGAUGAUUGGCGUGAUCAUCGGAGCCAGGAAAGUUGGGAUCAACCCAGACAACAUCGCCACACCCAUAGCAGCAAGCCUUGGAGACCUGAUAACCCUUUCCCUGCUGGCAGGAAUCAGCAGUACGCUCUUCAAGUACAUAGAUAUGAAAUACCUUUCACCUCUGAUCUGUGCCGUCUUCAUUAUCAUGAUCCCUCUCUGGGUUGCUAUUGCCAAGCAAAGUCCUUCCCUUGCUGAAGUUCUGAAGUCUGGAUGGCAGCCUGUCAUUGUUGCAAUGAGCAUCAGCAGCAUUGGUGGGCUCAUCUUGGACAAAACUGUAACUGACCCAAACUUUGAAGGCAUGGCAGUUUUCACACCUGUGAUUAAUGGUGUUGGAGGGAAUCUGGUCGCCAUCCAGGCCAGCCGUAUUUCCACAUUCCUACAUUUCUGGAGCAUGCCUGGAGUUUUGCCAUACAAGAUGAGGCAGAAUUGGCCCAAUCCAUGCACCACAUUCUUCUCAUCAGCUGCUGCGAUCACAGUUUGUCUGUUCUCUGCAGAGGUGAAUUCCAAGUCAGCCCGAGUCCUGUUCCUCCUGGUUGUCCCAGGGCACCUCGUGUUCCUCUACACCAUCCACCUGCUGCAAGGAGGCCACACAUCUCUGUCCUUCACCUUUGUGAUGUUUUAUCUGACUGCUGCUUUGCUGCAGGUGGGAAUCCUGCUCUAUGUGGCCGACCUCAUUGUGCGCCUGAUGUGGAGGAAGGCGUUGGAUCCUGAUAAUUUCUCCAUCCCCUACCUCACUGCCCUGGGGGAUCUCCUGGGCACUGGAUUCCUUGCCGUCUGUUUCCGUCUGGUUUGGCUCAUUCACGGUGCAGACAUGAACCUGGGCAACUGAAGGACUGCGUGCUGCUCCAUGUCACUGAUUUGACACGGCACAAUUCUCUGGGACAUUGGAGGCUGGGUUGGACCCCACCGCCUUGCCUCUCCUCCCCAUCGUGCCUUAAGCUGGGCUUGCCCGUCCGGAGGAGUCAGCACCCCCAGUCACCAUUGCAUGUGAGCAAGCUGGUUUUAAGCAGCACCCACUGCUCACAUCUGCACCCAGCCAGUGCAGCAUUAAGGAGAAUUUGGUCCCGUAUGGUGAUGAGCAUUUUGAUUGGCUUCAGUCCCCAGCACCAAGGCAGCCUGCAGGGCCACUCUAAAGCCUGCUGAAUUGGCUGCGUCCGAUCCUGUGAGUCCACGUCACAUCUCCGUCCAAAUCUCAUUCACAGUCCAAAUAGUUCAUUCACCCCUUUUCUCUCCCUGGAGGAGGAGAGCACCCUGGUCUUUAAACUUUUCCCCUCUCCAUCACUCAGACAUACGGGCUGUGAGCCCUGCUGGCUCCUGGUGGGAGGAUACAGAGACAGCUCCUACCUGCACAGCACCAUUGCUGCUGUCUGACCAGCUGGAUUGAUUGUGUUUUGGGAGCAGGAGCUUUGGGUUUGUUUUUACGGUUUAUGAAAUGUCCAUUAGUUAAAAUGUUUUUAGAAACGCACACACACAAAUAAAGUGGUUAAAAAAUGCCA